AUGGCUCCCAGAAGCAGAAGGAGGCUCAAGCGGCGCAAAAUCUCACCAGAAGCCACCCAACUUGACAGCUCCGAUGGAAUAUUACGGUUGCCGGAACACAUCUUGCAGCAUUUAUUCUUUUACUUGCCCUUUGAGGAUUCAAUAUCCUUAUCUGCUGUUUCAAAGACUUGGCGAAGCAUCUAUAAGUCCCUUCCAAUCCUCAAAAUUAACUGGGAUUUUGAAGAAGGUGGCAAGACCCUCGAGGACUUGGUCGCUUCGAUCGACAAAUCCUUGUCAACCCUAAGAAAUCAGAGAGCAAAAAUUGAUAGCUUUCGUCUGAAUUUGGGUCCGUCGGAAGAAAAGGGUUUGAUGUUGAAAACCAACUUUGAUGAUUGGCUUUCUUUAAUCAUGAAAAAUCAUGUGAAGGAGAUAAAUUUUAGGGUUUCCAACAAUCACUUCACCGUACCCCAUUCAGUUUUCACCUCGAAAUCUUUAGUCAAACUUCACUUGAAAGGCUGCCAAUUUCCGACCACCUUCUCACUCAUCGGAAAUGACGACGACGACGACGGGGAUGAUGAAAGAAAAUCCUGGUUUAAUAGCUUCAACUGUCUCAAAGAGAUAUCUCUUGUGAAUGUCGUUGCCCGUGAGGAUCAAAUCCAGGAGCUCAUAAAUCUUGCUAGAAACUUGCUUGAGAAACUACGGAUUAAAACGUCUCCUCCACUGCAACUUCUGAGCCUUGAAUCCUUCUCCAAGCUUGGUUCUUUUGAAGGAAAUGUUAGAAAAGUGUACAUAAAUAAAGCUGUGAAUCUCCAGAAAGUGGUUGCCGAUGAGCUUAAGAGAGCAUAUAUUUUCCGGUCUGAAAAUAUAAAAACAUUAAGGUGCUUGAAAUGGAAUAACAGUCCCUUCAGAACAUCGAUCCAAGCCCUUGUCUCUUCCCUCCCACUACUGGAGACAUUGCAAUUGUCUAUGUUUCGUAAUCAAAGGAUAAAGAUUCAAAGUGAACCACUUAAGAGGUUGAUGUUGUCGGAAGGUGAAAGGUUUGAGCAACCUUUGGCGGUCGAUCUGGACGCUCCUGGGCUCAGGAAAAUCUAUUUCAAAGGUUCUUCUAUUCCGUUUGUUACAGUGUACGGAGAGAACCAGCAACUUCGGUGUCGUCAUCUUGGUGGUCUCCAUGGCUCUCACCUGCACAUGAUUGGCAGGUUUUCGCAGAACUUAAUGCAAUCAAUGGUAACAAUACAUUUGCAUCAGAUUUCGUUGGUUGAUAAGAAUGGACAGAACGUGGUGAAGAAUCUGGAAGAGUUGAGAGGAGAAAGAGAAAUCCCCCGUCCUUCAAGUGUGAAGAUGUUGGUACUUGAAUGCAUUCCAAAUGCCUCAGACUACUCCUCUUUUCUGAAUGCCUUGUUUUGGACUUGUCAUCCAAGGACUCUGCUCGUCUUGUUGACCAAGAAGGAAACCUUAAAUUCACCUCACAGGCCUUCUUUCAUUAGCUACCUUGUGAAUGAGUUAUCACGGAGAAGGGACAGGAAUCCAACAUGCUGUUUGGAACCUGACAAACCAAGGUGCUGGAAGCACUACGUGGCGCAAGUGAAGUUUAAUGUGUACAAUUACAGCAUGCUGGAUGAGGAGCUCACUGACGAUGAUGAUAUUGACGAUUAUUAUGAUCAAAUUCCAGAAAAUGAUGAGAUCUCUGAUGAUGUUGAUGAUACCUCAAAUGAACAAGAAGAAGAUGAUGAUAAUGAUGAUGACGACGACGAAGAAGAAGAGCUUGUUGUCGAAUUUCGGAUUGUGUGGAGGCCAUACCCAUAUUAUUUUCGGCGACUAGAGUUCUGA